CGUUAGGAUAGGUUAGAUUGCGUUGGGUUAAGUUAAAUUUCGAUAGGUUAGGUUUUAGCUUGAAUAAGAGUAUAAAAAAAAAAUAGUAGCGAUGACGUUGCCGGGUCAAACUUAACACAGCUCUUAGACUCAACUAUCCGUCCGUCCUCAGGGAGGCAGGAGAAGCUGUCACUGAAGCUGCCAGGACAAUCAACACUUUCCGGGCUCCUGUACAACUUAACUGUAUAGCACACGCACAAAAAGAGUCGCACGAUGUUAAUACUGUUUGUGGAUAAAGUGGCACAGCCUGUAUUACCAGACAACUUCAUGCAAGAGUCCUAGCCACCUGUAUCCCCUGUUGGCUUAACUUCACACCCAGGUGCUACAACAAACUACCCAUCAUAUUGGUACUGUAUUUGCAUCGCAAAACUGCACUCCUCCUUCAGGUACACAGAAAGCAUAACACUGUUCAUUGAUGUCUUCAAUGAGAGCAAAAAUGUCACCAUUCCCAGCAGUGCGUCCAACAAUAGAAAGGUGCAACCUCGUUAGAAACUCUGUUGUGCUGACAUUCUCUGAAGCCUAUAAGUACUUGUCUCUAUUAAAUGGUAGAAGUAUUUAUGAUUAUUGUUCACAAGAAAAUGUUCCAGGAUACAUGAAACAUGUUUUCUCGGUUGAGGAGAAUAACUUGGUCAUGGCAAAUCCCCCAGAAAAUCUGAAUAUAAAAUUGUUGUAUAAAUUAUUGAAAUAUGUAAGUGGUCUGGCUCCACGUGAGGAUCCUAACUGGAAAACCGAUACUGACACUCUAGAAAGUCUCAUUAAUUUUGCCAAAACUGAGAUAGACACAUUAAAUGAGGCUGCUGCCCUUACAGAUCAAGCUCUCAAUGACAAACUUGACUAUCUGAAUAAGUGUCUUAUAAGAAUUCUUGACAAAGUUGGGGAGAAGAAACAGGUCGAUGUUGAGAAUAUCAAGAGAAAGAUAUUAAAAAAUCACUCACUGAAAACCAUGAAUCCAUAUGCUAUUGUGUCCCAUUCUUCAGACAUACCUUAUAUGUACAAAAUUUUAACCCAGCAUAUCAUACAUAGAGUUUUUGUAAUGGUAUUUAUACAACUAAACUGCCUUAAAGGAAAGAGUCUUUAUGAGUAUCUUAAAGAAGACCAGAAAAUACGUAGACCAAUGGUAUGCUUCACACACAGAGAAAAACAUUUACUGAAAAAUUCAAGCAUACCACCAGAAAAAAUGACCAUCCAUCUCUUACAUAAACUUAUUCCCCGUGUAUGUGGUCUCUUGAACAGUAGAGAGUGGGCCAUGUCUCAGAAUACAUUAGAACACUGUCUCUAUAAUAUAAAGGAGGAACAUGACAAUUUAUCAGUACUGGAUGUGCAGGAAUUUUCGAAUAACUCUCACAAGUUGUACAUAAAUGUAGAUAGAGUCAUAAGUAUGAUUGCAGAAAAAACACAAAAAAUUAAAAGAGAUAUUCUAAGAGAAAUGCCAGAUGAACCAAUAUGUAUGGAUGAUUCUUUUCAGUCCUUGGUUGACAAGCAGACACAGUUUAGUCAUCUCUCCUCUCCUGUAAAUGAGUAUCCUACUACAUCCCCUCUUGUAUCCAAACCAUCUAUUUUUCCUAACACAAUUGAAGACCAUGGUGUGUGUCUCAAACUUAACGAGACUGGGCCCUCCUUGCAUACAGUCCAACAGUUAAGCACUUCUCCUACUGCAAAACGUACUUCCUCUUACAUGACCCAAGAAGAUGAAUCCUCUUCCAUUACAUUUCAAAAGACUGGUUCUCUCUCUGAGGUCCAUGAGCUAGGUACCUCUUCUCUCAUACCUGAAGAGUCUGCCAUCUUCACUCUCGCAUCCAAGGAGGCUGGCACCUCCACUCUCACAUCCAAGGACCCUGGCACCUCCACUCUCACACCCGAAGACCCUGGCACCUUCACUCUCAUACCCGAGGUCCCUGCCACCUCCCCCAUUUUGCCUGAGGGCCCUGGCACCUCCCCCCUCACACCUGGGGAUUCUGGUACCUCUCCUCUCACACCUAAGGACCCUUGCACCUCCACUCUCGCACCCAAGGAGCCUGGUACCUCCGUUCACAAACCCAAGGAACCUGGCACCUCCAAUCUCACACCCGAGAAGCCUGGCACAUCCACAUUCACACCCAAGGAACUUAACAUGUCCACACAAUCACCCAAGGAACUUGGCACCUCUACUUUCUCACCAAAGGAACCUGGUACAUCUACUCUCACACCAAAGGAACCUGGUACCUCUACUCCCACACCGAAGAAACCUGGCACUUCUACUCUCACACCAAAGGACCCUUCUGUCUCCCUCUUUUCCAGUCAGCCUGUAUAUCCUAAUAAUGCUGUGACACCCGAGGAAGCUAAUAUUUUACAUUUGUUUAAAGCAUUUUGUCCAGGAGGAUUAGCAGCUAAGGUCAUGGCUGAAGUUUGCGAUGCUCUUGCUGGAGAUAAUGUAAUAAAUCAGAAAAUCAAAAGGACUUACUUCACUGCUGAUGAGUUAAGUCGAGUGCAGGGAGAUUUAAGUCAGUUAGACAUUACUCUAUUAUAUAAGCUUGUAAGGUUUGCAUGUGGUUUGGCUUUACCUAAUGAUCCUGUUUGGAUCACUCAAGGAGAUACGCUUGAAUACUAUCUUGCCACUGUUAAAAACAUGAGGAAUGAAUUAGCCCACAAGAUAACUCGUAUCACAGAUAAGGAGCUAGAAUCCAAAAUUCAUUACUUAGAAUUCCUACUGGAAAACAUUUUGCUUAAAACUGGUUCUUUAUCAAACAGGAAUUUUCAGGAUAAUAUAAAAGUAAUGAAAGAUGAAAUACAACCACUUGCAAGACCACCAGCUAUCAUCAUUGACAAAGAAAGUUACAUAAACAAUAUAAAACUGCUUCAAGAAACACUGGUGAACCAAAUAAUGGAAGAUGCUGAAAAGGAAUUGCAUGACCAGUAUAAUCGUGCUGCUUGUAAAAAUAUGUCUCCAAUAACAUGGUGUUACAUUGAUCAACAUAAAAAUAUGACCGUAGACAAAUUGUUUACAGAUUUAGAAAUUGUAGAUGCCAUUGAUGUUAAAAUUGGAAGCACAUUUUCCUUGACAGAUAAAGUGUUUCCAGUAUUACUACAACAGAAUGAAAAAAUGGGAUCUGGAGUAGUCAUUGUACAAGGUGUUGCAGGGGCAGGAAAAACAUCCCUGUGCAAGUUUCUCAUUCAUCGUUGGUCAACUGAAAAAAGUGAUGCAAGUCUUAAAGCUGUUGAUUUGUUAAUUUAUAUACAAUGCCGAUAUGUUAACACAGCCUCUGUGUCAUCCUACUUGAAAAUAAUUUUGCCUAACACAUUUAAACAUAUUGAUAAGGAUGAUAUUAUUCCUUUGAUGCAAGGGUCACAGGUAUUGUUUUUAGUGGAUGGUUAUGAUGACGCUCGCACCGAGGCCAAGGACCUUUUAGAAGAUAUUCUCAUCUCUCUACCUGAGAGUAAAACCAUAAUUACGUCAAGGCCACAGUGGGUACCAAAUCUUAAGUCUAAAGUCAAUCAAAUUGCCUCAUGUUGCAUGGUUCUCAGUUUGGUUGGAUUUACUAAUGACAAACGAGAUGAAUUUAUUCAAAAGCUGUUUUGUGUCACAUUGGGGACACAUCAACAGCAAAAGUGUAACCAGUUUUUGGCUUACUUAAAUGAACUAGGAGAACAGCUUGAAGCACUUACACAAGUGCCACUGACAUUAACCCUAUUGGCUAUGUUAUGGAUAGAUGACUCAAAGAAUGCUAUGGAAGCAAAAACCAUUACACAGCUCUACCGAAAACUUACAGAUUUUAUGCUAAAGAGGCUUGGAUCUCAGCUGAACAUAUCUGAUCAAGAUAAAUGUCGGGAUUGGAUGCUAGCUCUGGGAGAGAUAGCAUGGGCCAAUCUUAAAAAAAAUCAACAUUAUUUAAGUGAUAGAGAUCUAACAAAACUUAAAAGAAAGGGUAGAUCUUUAGGUGUUGAUGCUAAGGAAGCAAUUUCAUCUUUAUUACAUUGUGAUACUGAACUUAGCCUUACCGACUAUUCUGAGGUCUGGUCAUUUACCCACAACUGUCAACAAGAAUUUAUUGCAGCUGAAUUUCUUGCUGAAAGUGUGAUAAUUGAUGAUGAGUCACUCAAAAAUAUUCUAGGAUUCCAUGGAGGUGAUGGAGAAGAAAAGGAGCUACAGAGAUUAAUUCAAGUAAUAGAAUUUAUAGCUGGUUUGCUAUCGAUGGAAAAUGAAUUGACUAAAGAAAGAGCUAGUGAAAUUUUUCAGAUAGCAUUAGUGCAGGCUCCAUGGUCCUUUGCUGCAGUGAGAAGAAUAAGUAAUGAUAUAUUAAAGAGCAAUGUAGAAGUUCAAGAAGUUCUUAAAAAUAUGUUUGCAGGACAAGAAAUAGCAGAUUUCCUUGAUGAAUAUGAUCCACAGAGUGUAAAAUGGGUUCUUGAGAGCACAUCUUUAAGUAUUCCUUCUCGUAUUCGACUAAGAAACUCUGUUACUGAUGUACUCAAGAUGGAACCUUUGUUGAAUCUGUUGAUUAGGGAAUCUUGUCAUGCUGAAAUCAUAAUUGCCAUUGAUUAUGCCAGAAGUACUAGCAAGGCAAUUGAAUUUGUUAAGAAUCUUGAUAAACCAUCAGUGGCAGUCAUUUUGCUGACCUGGAACUCUUACACGCUCAAUGAACUUGUUAAAAAUUGGCCAUGGUCACUUUCCUUGCAUUUGUCAUUUCCUUUUGAGGUUUUUCCCCUCUUGUGGUGGGAAUUAGUCAUUUGUUUGGUGAAGCUUAACUUAACUGGUGUUACUCUUGUUUAUAACGAUAGCAACCCUGACACUGCCAAGUUGGUUGAGGAGGGUGCACAUACUCUGAACAUAACCUGCAAGACUGAUGCAUCAUUAGAUGCUGGUGAUAUUAUUAUUAUUUCAAGUUGAUAACAAAAUAUCUUCCCUCAGAGAGCUUCCUUAGUGAAGACUGUGUGACAUGCAAAAUUUGCUGUUUUAUUAAACUAGGUAUUUAAAGGCCAAAUACAAUACAAAUUUAUUUCUUAUAAAUUUCAGUACAUAACAAAAAACCAGCCAUAAUGAAACGUCAUUUUCUGGGUGAGUCCCGGAGGCUCCCUGGAGCUAUCCAGGCUGAAUGGAUAUGUAUAACUUUCUGGCAUCAGUCAAUGUGCUUGGAGUUCUUGCCUACCAGUUCUUACCGACUGGAGUUCUUACUGACCGGCAGGGAGCCGUUCAGCCGAGCGGACAGCACGCUGGACUUGUGAUCCUGUGGUCCUGGGUUCGAUCCCAGGCGCCGGCGAGAAACAAUGGGCAGAGUUUCUUUCACCCUAUGCCCCUGUUAUCUAGCAGUAAAAUAGGUACCUGAGUGUUAGUCAGCUGUCAGGGGCUGCUUCCUGGGGGUGGAGGCCUGGUCGAGGCCUGGGCCGCGGGAACACUAAAAAGCCCCGAAAUCAUCUGAAGAUAACCAAUCAAAAAUUGAGAAAUAGCUCCUGGCCAACAGAGUCGCCAGACUGUACAAUCACACUUGCAGAGUGGGUACACGACUGAGUCACAAAACAGCCUAGUCGUGUAAUAUACCAAGAGCAUCAUUAGCAGAGUAUGUCCAGAGUACCGUGCCCAUUAGGAGAAGGCGAGGUGCUGUACAGAGGUAGAAGUGGCGCCACACUGAGCCACCCCACACCCGUAAGCAGAGAAAAACUCAGUAAUUACCCACAUAUAAAAUCCAAAACACCCCCAGUAUCUAAGAGGCUAUGACUGGAGAGAGAAGAUGAGCGAGAACGGCGUAUAUUUCGCAAUAAAGGACACGGGACACCAACACGUGUGUACACCGCCCAGAAACAAAACGAUCACCUCGGUCCGAACUGCACCCCCUGUCUUCUAGGGAGGGCGCCAGCAAAGUGUAUCUAACGAAUAUGAGGAAAGUCGAGACAGGAAGGAGGGUUGAUGUGAAUACAAAAUAAUGCGAAACAGAAUCGAAAGAAGACAGAGUACGGAUGAGGACCAACGAGUCUGAGAAAGGACUGGAGGGAAGCCUCACAGGAAGUCAACAGAAGUUCCAAUAAUAUUGUACGUAUCGAAGAGUUUCGCGAACCUUCAAGAAUCGUGAGAAGCAAGUACAAAUUCAUGGAGGCACAGACAGGCCCAAUGGCACCCUUAACCAAAGGUCAUGCAGGGAUCCCGUUAUAUGUCCAAGAGAAAAAAGUUACGAAAGCGAUGAAAAGCAUCUACAGGAAUGACGGAACCGACAGACCCAAAGGACACGAAACUGAAUCCGGGGAGGGGCAGACCCGAACCAACUCGGAUGCAGAGGGGAAAGGAAAACCCCACACUUAGGUACUGCAAGCCGCGCUCCUAGGGCACAAAAACCCAAGUGGGGCAAACGGGGCCAAGGCCCCCAGGCAACCCCUCCCCAACGGCAGGACCCGGGGCCGAGCCAUUCCCUCAAAGCCCCGGCCUCACAAGAAAAAGCCAGGGCAGCCGUAAAAACACCAAGGAAGGGAGCCCCAACUCCAAAACCCGCUGACGGUUCAGAGCUGGAAGCAAGGGGGGAGGAAAGUAUGCACAACAGAAGGGACGGACGGAACCAGAGCCGAAGCGAUUCUCUCCCCCAAAUCCGGACCCUUAUGACCAAAACAGGGCAGUUUCGGGGCCGCAACCAACCAAGCAUGCAAUGCAGCAGUUGCCUGCACCCACAUAUGUUAAGUAGCAUGGGUGAACUGGAGCAUGUACAGACAAUAACGUCGCACGACUCCGGGUCAAAAGAAUCACUGACCCAACAGACAGCAUAUCAGAGGCACACCUGUGAAUGUUGCCCCGAGACAAGGGGACAGAGCAACCUUCAAACUAGCAAGAAGCAAGAAGGGCUCAAGGGUCUCAUCCACUGUACCACAGAGUCCCCGCAGGGGUUUCCCAGGGCCCUUAGCCAUUUUAACACACUAAGGGAAGCCCAAGCUGGGUACUGCAAACCGGCACCCAAGUCUACCAAACAAACU